GCGAGCUCGUGUCGGGCCGUAUGCCGACCGCUCCCACACACCGGCCUCCUCCUUAUCCUCUCCUCUCUUCCUCCUCUCUCUCCUACCUGUCCAUCUACAAUUCCUCUCCAUCGGGGUUCGGAUUCGCCCAUUGCCACUCCGCCGCGCAGCCUUCAUCAAGAUCUUCGUGGGAGAAUGCAACCAUUUCUGUUGCGGAUUUGUCCUUUUCUUGAAUGAUUGGAGUAAAAGGCUGCACAUGUAUUAAAAAGAAUUGUUGCACAAGCCAAAAGAAGAAUUGCAACAUAAAUUUGGAUUGUAAAUUAUCUGCUUUUCUCGAGGAAGUACGAGUCCUCUUUGUGAUUUUUGUGGGGAGCAAAGAUCUAUGGUCUACUGCAGGUCCGAUGCAGCAUCCUUAUGCUUAUCAUGUGAUCGCAAUGUCCAUUCUGCAAACGCACUUUCUCGGCGGCACUCGCGUACUCUUUUGUGUGACAGAUGCACCAUGCAACCUGCCACAGUCCGGUGCAACGAAGAAAAUGUUUCUCUUUGCCCAAACUGUGAUUGGAAUGGUUAUGGUGGUUCAUGCUCCACCUCAAAACAUAAAAGACAGACAAUAAAUUGCUACUUGGGUUGCCCAUCAGGUGCUGAUUUUUCUAGAAUUUGGUCCUUUAUUCAUGAGUUACCUCCUGUGGCAGAGUCCGAUUUUAAUCAGGGAUUUGGUUUGAUGACAAUAAAUGAGAACAGUGUCAGUAAUUGUUUGGGACCUUCAGAAGACAGCUGUAAGAUUGAUGAUGAGAGCUUAGGCAAGAUAAAAGAUCUGGAAGCAGUCAAUAAGUAUAAUUCCUGAAUCGGAUCAUCUUCAACUUCUGCACCUAAUGCUAUGCCUUGUACUACAGAUCAGCCAGCUGGUUCUUUUGAUCCAACUACACCUAAGCUACUUUAUCCUGGGAGUAAAGAUGUUGAAUUCUGCAAUGAUGAUUUCUAUUAUGAUCUUAACAUGGAUGAUGUUGACUUGACAUUUGAGAAUUACAAAGAUCAAUCAGGUUGUCUUUUUGAUGCUGAAAUUGAUAGUUUUAUCAAUACGACGGAAAAUUGUGCUACUAAUUCAAAAUGUCAGGGAGCAUUUGUUACUGAGGACAAAGCCAUGCAGACUACAUGUAGCAAUGCAGUUUCUGCUGAUUCUGCCAAGUCAAACCUUGGGAAAACUGAAGAUUCUAGCCUGUAUUUCCCAUUACGCCAAACUCGAUCCAGGCUAUCCCUUUGCUUUUCUGGUUUGACUGGUGAAAGCAGUGCUGGAGACUAUCAAGAUUGUGGAAUGUCAACAAUGUUACUUAUGGGUGAGCCUGCAUGGUACCCUGUGGGUCCUGAAAUCUCUUCGUUGCCUACAGCUAGACGGGAUUCUGCAGUAAUGCGUUACAAAGAAAAGAAGAAAAAGCGCAGGUCCUAAGUGACCAUAGGAGGUUUCGGGGAGGCUGACCUUUGCGGACAGAUACGCAAGGGUACCGCACGACUUAGGCAAAACCAGCUAAGUGCAUGACAGUUAACUUGUCUCUUAACUUCACCCAUUUCGGGUGCCAUAGCUGUUUGAAGUUUAUGUACCGAAACUAGGCUAAAUAAAAUUAUCAACCCACUAUAUCUACUCGUCAAUGUAUUCCAUAUUGUCACGUCCUUUGCUUCCAGUUUCUAAUCUCUUCACCAUUUAAAAGUUAAUGUCAUAUACAUAAUCCAUUUUAAGCACCUGAAAUUCCUAAUCCUAUAGGCAAGGUCUUCUUUGUUGACAAAAAUAUUAUCAAUUCAAUGCAUCUUUGGCAGCUGCAGGUCUAAAGUAAUGUUCUCGAGCAACUGCUGAAUUUUCAUCAAGGACAUUCUCCUAAAUCAUUUACUGAACCUUGGAGCUAUGAUGUAAAGAACAUAGAUUUAUGUGUAUAUUGCAAUUAGAUUGAGCACAAGUGAUUUUAAUUACUAAUGAUCAUAGUUCAUGGAUAUAUGACAAGAUUCUUAAAAAAAAAUCCGGUAUGCAUCUCGCAAGGCUAGGGCAGAUGUAAGAAAACGAAUAAAGGGACGGUUUGUUAAGGCUGGGGAAGCUUAUGAUUAUGAUCCACUCUCCUAGACAAGACGUUUUUGAGAGCAUUGCAUCUUCACAUCUUCUAGUAUGAGAUUAGCAUAAAUACUUUUUGUGAGCCAGGAGUAUAUAUUUGUUUCCUUCCUGUCAAAAGUGCAUGUCCAUCCACUGACAAUUAGAAAAGGAAAAGAAAGAUGACAAUUGGUUAAUGGUUGAGAAAUUCCUGAUUGGAAUUUGAAUUAGAAGCAUUCCUUCAGGGCUAAAGAUUGAAGGCAGUUUCUCAAAAGCAGUUUAGUAUUGUGCACUACCAGAUGGUUAUACUAGGCAUUUCUUCUUCAUUGUCCAGCUUGGUGAAUGGAGCAUAUGCCUGAUGAAGUUUGGAUCAUAUCCUUAUUUGAUAACCCACUCCUCUAGUUACUCUCCUAACUCCACCUAAUGAUCGGUUCUCACAUUCUGUGGCUUGUUGCAGUGCCCUGCUUCCAGGUUAGGUUUUUAAUUCAGAUAUUUAUACUAUAUACAUUUCCUUUUAUCUUGAAUUUGUAGAUCAUCCAUUUCGUUGUAGAUGAGGCAACACUUUGUAGCUUGUCGGCAUGUGAAAAACUAUGUAUGUAACAUGAGGCUUGAGGAGCUGUGAGCCUGGUUUUUGUGCCAUUGACUCUUGUGGAAUAGAACUGCUUUGUCACUUGUACAUAUCCAAUUAAAGCUAUUCUUUCAUACGGGCUAAUGUCUUGGAUGUUACGGUUCAAAUAUUAUUGAAAUAUUGUGUGGUUUAACUCA